AAAAAAACUCGAGCGUGCCCCGAAGACGCUGCACCCUGGAUUUGGCGCGUGUGGCUCCUAGCCCCCCGGCCCCCAAAAAACUGUGCGCCGCGGUUGCCCCGGGGUGCUGCCUAGCUGCUCAAGCGGUUUUCCGGGCUGCGCGUCGCGCUCCGCGCUAGAUUUCACAGCCUCAACUCAAAAAAACGUAUACCCCCAAUAUCGAAUAAUGGACCCGCGUCUCCGCGCCCCGGCCCUCAAGGGCGACGUCGAGGCCCUCACCACCGCAUUGAACGCGGGGGCAGACCCAAACAAGCGCGACGAGGACGGCUACGCGCCUUUACUGUACGCCGCUUCAAACGGGCAUGCGCGCUGUAUUGAUGUACUAAGGCGCCACGGCGCCGACGUCAACGCCGCGGCGCGCUGCGGUCGAACACCCUUAAACACGGCGGCGGCGGGCGGCCACACCGAGGCCAUCAAAAUUUUGAUCAAGGCGGGUGCUCUCGUGGAUUGGCGCGAGAGCUGGAACGGCUCGUCCUUCGCGACGGCGUUGCACUGGGCUGCUAGACUAGGCACGGCGUCUGCUGUACAAGCUUUGUUAAAAGCCGGCGCCGACGUCGACGCGGACAAUGCUACAAGGCGAGUGGUAAGAGCAGUGACGCUCGCGAAUGUAGCCGGUGAAUCGUCUUCUUCCGACGACGACGACGAGGAAGAGGUCCAAGACGACGACUCGGCCGUCGAGAGCGUCGGGAGCUCCAUCCGCUUGGAGGUCGUCCGCGGCAGUUUUACGCCGCUCGACGAGGCCGUCCGGCGCUUCGGCAGCAAACCGAAUCGGGUGAUCCCGACGCUCGUAGCAGCGGGGUGCACGAUCAAGCUCGAGCACGCCGAGACCGUGCCCUACCUGCGCCAGGUGCUCGAAUGCGGUGGAUUCGCGCAGUACGAGCGCGCGCAUCGACGAAGAUUAGCGUGGAUUUUAGGAAGGGGCACGCGCGUGCCCGCCGAAUUACUGCCGACGAUCAUCGACUUCUGGGCCCACGUCGGCUGGUACGCCGUGCCCCACCUGCGGCCCGGGUCCUAAGGCCCGCGGCCCUGUCAUCUGUGACUGAGACAUAUCUGUCGCACAUAUCUGUCAUCGUUCCGUGUAACAACAUAUGCAUAUG